GAGCGGCCUCAGCGCUGCGCAGCUCCCGCCUCCCCGGCGCUCUCCUCGCUCUCUCUUUCCCCGCUCUCUCUCUCCCGUGCCUCUGUAUUCCUGCUCGCUCCCCUGCCUGAGCGGCGCUCACGUAGGUGUCCCCCGAGCGCGUCGUGCGCGCUGCCUUUGGAGUGCCGGGGCUGGCGUUGAGCUGCCAGAGUUUGGUCAUGCCGCUCUGAGACGUGUGUUCGCCCCACAUCAGUGCCGUGUCUGCCCGCUUUACUCCUCGGGGAGAUUGGAAAAGAGGUAUCGUAUUUCAUUAUGGACCGUUUUGAAGACAUAUCAGAUGGUGAAGUGGAUCAUGCCUUCUUUGACAGUGACUUUGAGGAAGAGAAAAAGAAAGCUGAAGAAAAUGGGGAAGAUAUAGAGAAAGGAAGUACAAAGGCAGCUCUUGCAGACACUGAUUUAGUUUCUAAUUCAAAGGAUGAAAAGUGUUGUGAGGAGGAAAGUGAAGAAAAGCAGAUAGAUUUGCAAAAGGAUCAGUCCCUAGAAAAUAGCAAAGAUCCUAUUGAAGAUGCUUCAUUUUUGACACUUUCUCCAGCUGCAGAGAAGGCAGGUACAUCUGGAGCAACACCUGCAGCAAACACAGGAACAGAGGAGAUUGUUCCUGCUGGAAUUCCUAAAAUAGUUAAAGAAGGUGAAGAAGAUUACUAUACAGAUGAAGAAGAUAGCAGUGAUGAUGGCAAAAAACAGAAGGUUAGACUGAAGUCAGCUAAGCAACCAAACAACAUAAAAAAGGCUAGCAAAAAAUAUGCUAUCAGCUCCUCCUCUUCUUCUUCCUCUACCUCGUCCUCCUCCUCAUCAUCCUCAAGUUCAGAUACAGAUUGUUCUGACACAGAUUCUGAUAGCUGUUUAUCAGAUUCAUCUCAUUCUUCCUCAAAAAGGAAUGCUUGUAGAAAUGCUCUUUUGUCUCCAAAACAAAAAUUCAAGUCAGUGAUGAAAUUAGCAGAAGGAAAACCAAAAUUUGGUGAAGACCUGGAGGAAUCUGAAGACACAGUGACUGAUGUAACACCUCUGUCAACUCCAGACAUCAGUCCUAUCCAGUCUUUUGAAUUUAUAGCAUCAAAUGAUAAGAAACUAAAAGUAAAGAGACAGGAAAAUGUGAACCAAGAAUUAUAUGAUUCCGAGUUUGAUUGCAGAUAUAGUCGAAAAGUCUUGCAUGAUGCCAUGGACCUGAAUCAGCUUCUGAAAGCUUUCUUACAGUUGGAUAAAAAAGAACAAAAUCUAAGCAUCGAUCAGCCAUCUAAAGGAAUAAGGAAAAAUUACUCGUUCACGAAUGAAGAAGUAAGACAGAUUGAUCGGGAAAACCAGAGGUUGCUAAAAGAACUGUCCAGACAGUCUGCAAGGCCAAAGAGAAGCAGCACAUUGAAGACAUCUGUACCACCGCAUAGAUUGUACCACAGUGCCCUCAACAGGCAAAAAGAGCAGCAAAGAAUUGAAAGAGAAAACCUGGCUUUCCUGAAAAGACUGGAAGCAGUGAAACCAACAGCUGGUAUGAGACGUUCUGAACAACUGAGGGACUAUCACCGCCACAUGAGCUACCUGAGUUCUUUACCUUCUGUAAGAAGGGGUAAAUCUCCCUUGAGCCAGCUUAGUCCUCCAAGAGGAGCUUCAAGAUCAUCCACUGUACAAAGUACACUGAGCCAGAGGAAUGAAAAGCCCGUGUCUGAUUCACCCACUGGGGCACUACAGAGACCUAAAUCCACUAAUGUUUGUGCUGCUUGGUUAUAAGUGUGUUCUUUGCCUCGCAUACUGAGAUGAUAUUCAAACUUCUAUUUUUAGUGCUUUUGUAAAUUCUAUGUGCAAAAAUAUUUUCUGCAUUCUUCAGUAAUUAAAAUGCAUUUAGAGUAAUUGCUUACAAAAUGGUCUUAAAAUGGUAUAAAACACUUCUGUCAGUGUUUUCCGUGACAGGAAGAACUUAUGAAAGAGAAAGAGGUAUUUAAAUGGACAAGUUAAAUAGAAAUUUAACUAUUAUUUUAGUAUCAGAUUGUAAGUGGAAUUUGUAUCCAUAACAUUGAAGGACAGAAUUGCUGCACUACAGGUGCAAAAUGUAAAUACAAAUUUUAAAAUAUUAAUAAUACUUUAAAAUAAUGCAUUAAACUUACGAGCAUAUGCUUAAUUCCUGGAUUGUCCUUGCUUUACAUCCUGGCUGUAACAGCCUUCUGAAUUUUGUGGGUCAUGUUCUUGUGACUGAAAGAAUCUUUAACAGCAGUGUGAAGAGGUGAAAAGCAGAUUGUGUAUUCCUCCAUGGUGAGCUAGAAUACUGAGGUGCAGAUGAUGUUUUGCCACUGUUAAACGUUCAGCACCUGGAGUGUGUUUUGUAUGCAAGGCUGCCUCUCUUCCAGAUCAAAAGAAUUUUGGAAGUUGUACUGGAUUUUGGAAGAUGUAGUGGGAUCUUUGCGUAGGAAAGAAGCAUCUGAUACUAUCUGAACAACAAUAAAGACUGAAGUAAACAGCAGUUUCAGAUUUAAUGUAAACAAGAGUAAGUUCUGGUUACUUCUCAAACUAGAGAAUACUGUUAAGAAAGGGAAAUAGUUCAUGGCCCUGCUAUGCAGAUGUGUGCUCUUCUCAGUGGGGAGAUGUAAACUUGAGCUGCAGGAAACAUCUUGAACAUUGAUUUUGAGUGACUACUAACCAGGAUUUAGGGGGAAGAAAAGACAGUAGAAAACCAAGUCUUGUUACUUUUCUUGACCUGUUUUUAAAUGUCAUAUUCAUAUCUAAUAUUUGUAGUAAUGUCAGAUAAGCUCCAAUAGCAACAUCCAUUUACAAGAGGAGUAAAAUUUAAUGGUAUUGGUAAUCACAAGAGUAGGUGGUGUGGUUUAUUUCUGUACAUAAAGGCAAACUUUCAGUGAGCUUGUUUUGUAGGACUGUAGCCUUACAAAGAGUACAAAUUGUGAUGACACUGUCUGUGGAUAUUGCUGAAACUUUGCUUGUUUCCCCAGCUUCUUCCCAGGAAGGGUAUUGCUGUAUUAUGGAUAAAGAAAAAAAGCUGUAUUUGGUAAUGCUGGGUCUUUGACAUGAAAAGUGUAUUGUUCUUUGUUAGUGCUUGCAUGAGGGCUUAGGCUUUCAGGUAUUCUGCAUUGUAACACACUUUUUACUUGGUCCUUGUGAUAGCUUGGCAGAGCUUCUUCACUUGGUGACCCGCAGAUCAAAUUUAGCUGUUUGACAAUACUUGGAACUUUUAACUUUAAGCAGCAUUGUGGCAAACAGAUUUGUAUUGCAGUUAUUAUUCAUGGUUAGGAACUGUUAACAAUUUCUUUGUAUAGUGCUGCUGUAUUUAUUUCUAUUAUUGUACUAAUUAAAAUUAUUCUCUAUUUAAAGAUUUUUGUCCUUGAAUGUGAAUAUCAGAGUAACAGUUUAAAUACUUCUGAAUGUUCAUAUUACAAUUUUUUUUCUGUGAAGAAACUCAUGCAAUGGAUUACUUUUAGUUGCUUCAUCUUAUUUAACUUUGGUAUGAAAGAGUGUCAAUUUUCUAUGUCAUUUGUAAAUCAUAAGAAAUAAAAUAUUUAACAUGAAUUGUCAUUGCAGUGGCUUCUUGCAGAUUUUCGAUUGGUUGGUAUUAAGAUGCAAAGAAGGUUGAAUUGCUUGGCACAUAGAAAAACAGAAAAAAAAUGCAAGUUUUCCAUUGUUCAAGUGUUAGAUGUAAGGGAAUAAUGGUUUUGUCACUGGCUUUAGUUUGCCUGUGACCAGCUCUUGCAGAGGUACAAAAGUAGUAUUAAUUGAUUGUGAUAAUGGGAGUUCAAGUAGCAAUUGCAGACCAUCUGCAAAGUCUUCUAAUUUCCAACCUGUCAGAGCUGAUGGCUGCAUUUUAGGUUGCACUUUCAGCAAGUGUGCUGAGUGUUGCAGACUCAGGGCAGAGCUGCUUUCAGAAGCAUGGUUAAUUCAUUCAGUUUUGAACUCUGACCACAGAUACCUUUAUAUUGCCUGCAAUCUCCCACAUCGUGUGCAGUGGCUUUUAAGCAGAAACGAGCCAUUUACCUGUUUUCCAUAUGCUUUAUUUCAUGUACUUUCUCUUAGCCCAGUGGCAUUUUCCUGCAUUGAUACUCUUUACUCUCCUUUUUAAUAGUCCUUAGUCUCUCCAUUUCACCUUCUCUGGAAUGUAACUUCUUUCAUUUCCACUUAUUUAAAUUUUCUUUGCUUCCUCUUAAUUACAUUAUUCAGAUAUACAUUUCCUCCAAGGUUUUGUACCUCUGCCUAUUACAGUGUCUUGCUGUACCCAACUUAGAUCUUCCCUCACACAUCCAAAUGCCACUUGCUGCCUUACCAGCGAGCUAAAUGAGAACUGGAUAGCUGGAUUGUGUUAGCAAGCUUCUUGUACAGAGUCAUUAGGGGAGUGCAGAGGAAGGAGAAAAAGAAGGAGCAGAAACUGGCAGAGUUUUUAAGGAAAACUAAUGCAGCUUGAAAACCAGUAGACAUGUUUUCUUCAUAAACUUAUGGUUUGAUAGAUUGCAACCCUGGUUAUUUGCUAUGGGAAAGGAAACAGACCAGGUAUCUAUGAAAGCAAAUAUUUAAGAGAGCAACCAUGAAAAAAGGAGAUUAAACAAUCAGGGCAGGUUUUGUCCUGGGACAAAAAAAAAAUCUAUAUUUGGUUAAUUUUAAAAGAGUCUGUCAUUUUUUGUACCAUUAUUUCCCAAAUGCUUCUUUUUUUCAAGUGAUGUUGCUUCCAGACACUGUUUAGUGGCUGGUACCUGCCUUCAGGAAGAACAGAGCUGCUAGGCUGAAUCUGUGCCAGACAACCAGAGCCUCUCAUGCCAAGUGACAGUGAGCUAGGAUUUACCUGCAUCUGACAAAUGUUUCAAAUAUAGGAAAAGGAUAACUUGAAGCCAUAUAUAUGAAGCAGUAAAAGAUGAAGGUGAGAUAAGUUUAUUUGAUUAUUACUUGCUUAGUCUUACCCCUUUGCCCAGAUGGCCCAGAGAAGUUGUAGACACUCAAACCAUGGAAGUGUCCAAGGCCAGGAACUGAGUCUAGUAGACAAUGUCCCUGUUCAUGGCACAGGGGUUGGACUCUAAGGUCUCUUCCAACACAAACUACGCUCUGAUUCUAUGGUUUUUGUCCUGAGUGGAUACAUAGCAAAUGCUUGCCUAUAUGUAAUCUAACUGAACAACUGCAAUGGCCACACCUCACUUUCCCUCCUUUGCCUAAUCAGACAGCCUGUUUUUCCAUGCAUUCACAACCCUGCAGCAUCUAAAGUUUAAAAAGUAUAUUAUUAUAUAUUUAAAAAGUAAGUAUGUCCUGAUCUCACAAGUAAUUAGUUGUGCAAUGUGUUCAUAAUGGUUCAAUGUAUAGUUAUUUUAAUAACUCUUGAGUAUUCAAUUCUAGAAUAAUUUUUCAAGUAAAAUAACCAAUAAUGACUUCACUCUUCAAAUGAGGAGAUGCUUCAAAGGGUAAUAUAAACAAAUUAUACAAGCAGCUAAGAUUGGUGGAAGCUUAUCUCCAAAAUCGCUGGCUGCAGUGCCCUUAAACUGAAUCCCACUUGGUUUUGCAGUUGUAGAAUUAUCAAUAAUCUCAAUAACUUCACCUACCUAAAGCUCUGUUGAAAAAAAAUUCAAGAGACAGCCACUAACUGUGUCCUGAUUAGCACAUCACCUUGGAGGACAUGCUUGUAAGGUGUUCAGUGUACUGAAAACAACAGGGAAGUUCAUUAAUAUAUUAAUUUAUUUCAGUUUUAGUUCAAUUGAACAUCAGAGCAGACAACUUUUUCCUUUGUGACAAUACAGGGAAUUUUUGAAACACUGUAUUUCCAUAUUUUACAAAGUAUGUUGGAAAAAUCAGAUUGUGGUUUCAAGCAUAUUACUGUAUAAUUUGUCAGGGAAGAGACUGCAGUUAGGAAUUCAGCCUGGUGCUUUAGUACAGUUUAUUAUUUCAGACAUACUUUUCACUUAAUAUUAUAUUAAAAAAUAGAGCUGUAGAAGAAAACAUGAUUUUAAUUCAUGUUAUGUCAUCACAGUGUUGGGUAGCUAGAGACAUUACUUAGUAUAAUAAAUAUUUAUGACAGUCUAUUAAGAAUUCACAAUAUUAGAUUUUAGACGAGGUAUAGACCAUUUAUAUUUUGUCUUUAGACAAAAUCUA